UAAAUCCAUUUAAAUUUCCCAUUCUACCCUCAUUAUUUCACCUAUAUUCCAUUACCUACCCCAAACAAGUCUUCUUCCACAACUCACAUGUACAUGUGUAUAUAUAAAUGAAAGCCAAUACAAAUGAUUCAUAUAUGCAUUGACUCAUAUUUUUUCAUGUAAAUUCUGAACAUAACAUAAACAACCUUGUAAAGUAUAAACAAUUUUGAAAUCUUUGCAAGAGUAUCACAAUUGCAAUUUCGACAGUUCAGUUGUAUUUUUCUGCAGUACAAUUGUCAGCAGCGUAACCACAAUCGCGACCAUAAUUCAAAACUAUGCGUUUGAUCACUGACAACAAUUGAAUUUCAGAAGAAAAGGUUUUGUGUUAUGUUGUUUUAUUGAUGUGUGUUGUAAGAGGAAAGAGAAUCUGUGAAGAAGCAAUGUUAAGCAAUCUAACCAGGUGAUUAUAGCGUUGAAUUCAAUACCUGCAAUAAUUAUUGAAGAUAUAAACAUGAAUAAUACAACAGAAGAAGCUAUUGAAAGUUACACACCUCAUAAGGAUAACUUUACUCAACAAGCAUCACCAAGGAGUACACUAAGUCCAAGAAGUACUCAAAGUGACUCAAUUGAUUUAGCUCUUGAUGGUGUUGUAGAUACUUCAAUUGAACAAUUGUAUACCAAUGUUUAUGAAAUGAGAAGCUCUGAUCAAUCACCUUCAAGGGCUAGUUUUUACUCAUAUGGCGAAGAGUCGAGGAUCGAUUCUGAAUUGGGUCAUCUUGUUGGUGUUGACUUGGAGAUUACAAAAGAAGUUGUAACAGAAAAUAAAGAGGAUUCCAUGUCCAAUGUCAAUGCUAUUGAGAAAGUUGUUAUUUCAUCAAGCACAGGGAUCGGUGAAGGAUCGGCCAAGUUAUCUGCGAAAAGUCGAAGUUUGCAUAACAAGAAUGAGAAGGGAACUAGGAAAGGAAAUGGAUUUUACAAUAUGAUGAGGAAGCAUAGGAGGCUUGGUUUGAAAGAUGGUGUUGUUGACGAGUUAGAUAAUCCUGACCUCGGGCCGUUCUUAUUGAAGAUAACGAGAGAUAUGAUAUCUUCGGGCGAGAAUCCGAACAAGGCUCUUGGUUUGGCUCAUAGAGCCUUGAAAUCAUUUGAGAUAUGUAAUGCAGAUGGUAAACCAAGUUUGGAAUUGGUGAUGUGUCUUCAUGUUUUGGCAACAAUUUAUUGUAAUUUAGGACAAUACAAUGAGGCAAUACCGAUUCUCGAGCGUUCGAUUGAUGUUCCUGUCUUAGAGGAUGGCCAAGAUCAUGCACUAGCUAAAUUUGCAGGGUGUAUGCAGUUAGGUGAUACUUAUGCAAUGAUGGGAAAUAUUGAGAAUUCUCUACUGUUUUAUACAGCAGGACUUGAAAUUCAAGGGCAGGUCUUAGGUGAAACCGAUCCUCGAUUUGGCGAGACGUGUCGGUAUGUAGCUGAAGCACAUGUUCAAGCACUGCAGUUUGAUGAGGCUAGGAAGCUAUGUCAAAUAGCUCUUGAUAUUCACAAGGGAAAUGGUUUGCCUGCUUCGUUUGAAGAAGCGGCCGAUCGGAGACUAAUGGGACUAAUCUGUGACUCAAAAGGAGAUUACGAAAGUGCUCUAGAGCAUUAUGUUUUGGCAAGUAUGGUUAUGGCGGAAAAUCGUCAAGAUCUGGACGUUGCGUCUGUUGAUUGCAGCAUAGGUGAUGCUUAUUUGUCAUUGGCGCGAUAUGAUGAAGCGGUUUUUUCUUAUCAGAAAGCAUUAACCGUUUUCAAAUCAACCAAAGGAGAGAAUCAUCCAACAGUUGCCUCUGUUUUUGUAAGGUUAGCUGAUUUAUACAACAAAGUAGGAAAGUUCAAGGAAUCAAAAACUUAUUGCGAAAACGCGCUUCGAAUUUUCGGGAAGAAAAAUCCAGGAAUUCCUCUAGAAGAGAUUGCUAAUGGUUUGAUAGAUGUUGCUGCAAUUUAUCAAUCUAUGAAUGAUUUGGAAAAGGGAUUAAAGUUACUCAAAAAAGCAUUGAAAAUAUACAACAAUGUUCCUGGUCAACAAAGUACUACUGCUGGAAUUGAGGCACAAAUGGGAGUUAUGUAUUAUAUGUUAGGGAAUUAUUCUGAUUCCUAUAACAUUUUUAAGAGUUCUGUCGCAAAAUUCCGCGCUAGCGGAGAGAAAAAAUCCGCAUUGUUUGGAAUUGCAUUGAAUCAAAUGGGUCUUGUUUGUGUCCAAAGGUAUGCUAUAAAUGAAGCUGCAGAUUUGUUUGAAGAGGCUAGAACUAUAUUGGAAAAAGAGUAUGGUCCUUAUCAUCAAGAUACAUUAGGAGUCUAUAGCAAUCUUGCAGGCACCUAUGAUGCAAUGGGAAGAGUGGAUGAUGCCAUUGAAAUGCUAGAAUAUGUAGUUGGCAUGAGAGAGGAGAAGCUUGGAACGGCAAACCCUGAUGUCGACGAUGAGAAACGGAGGUUGGCCGAGUUGUUAAAAGAGGCCGGAAGAGCAAGAAACCGAAGGUCGAAAAGAUCAUUGGAAACACUUCUUGAUUCAAACUCUCAGGUUAUGAAAAACAACGGCAUUACGGUUCUAUGAAGUUGAGGCUGUAUAUAGAAAACAAUAACAAAGUGUGAAUUGUUUCCACUUUCAAUAAUUUUUCCUUGUUUAAGAAUGUUCAUUUACUCUAUUAUAGACUAGAUGAAAUUUCUAUAUAUAAAUUCAUACUAUUCUUUGCAUAAUUGAAUGUAUAAAUGGUUGAAAUACAAUAUACAAUUUUCUAAGUAAAUAUAUGAGUGUUAUAACAUCAUUUUCUC